AUGGCGCCGCGUUUUGGGAACUUUUGCGACAAGCUGCAACAACCCUGGGGCUGGCGUCGCAUCAUUGCCAGCUGCACUUUCACGCGUAUCGCAGCCAUGGACGACCUUUAUGACGAGUUUGGAAAUUUCAUUGGCGAGGCCGAGUCCGACGGCGAUGUCCAGAGCACUGGCGAGGCCGCAGACGCCUAUGUCCUCGACGAGGAUGAGGCCGAGGACGAGGCCAACGACCAACAGCUUAUGGAGGUAGAUGAAGGCCCAUCCAAUGCUGUAGUCCUCCACGAAGACAAGCAAUAUUACCCCUCCGCCGCCGAUGUAUACGGUCCCGAUGUCGAAGUGCUCGUACAAGAGGAAGAUACCCAGUCGUUGUCCCAGCCAAUUAUUGCGCCGGUGGUCCAGAAGAAGUUUACCAUCCAGGAAACAGACCUGCCACCCGUGUUCCAUUCGCGGGAGCUUCUGACGGAUCUGAUGAACUUUCCCGACCAAAUACGAAACAUCGCACUGGCCGGGCACUUGCACCACGGAAAGACAGCCUUCAUGGACGCGCUGGUCAUGGAGUCGCAUGACAUUCAAGAUCGUCUCGACUACAAGAAGGGUCGCAAGCGGGAGGAACAAUUACGGUACACCGACGUGCAUGUGCUCGAACGGGAACGAGGCGUGUCGAUCAAGGCGGCGCCCAUGUCGCUCGUCCUACAGAAUACGAAACUAAAGUCGCAUCUUUUCAACAUUCUCGACACACCCGGACACGUGAAUUUUGCCGACGAAGUCGCCGCAUCUCUGCGCCUGGUGGACGGAGUGGUUCUCGUGGUAGAUGUGGUGGAAGGCGUCCAGGUGAACACGGAGCAGAUCAUCAAACAUGCAGUAUUGGAAGAUUUGCCCCUCACAUUGGUGGUCAACAAGAUGGACCGCCUGAUCUUGGAGCUAAAGCUGCCACCAAGCGAUGCAUACUUCAAAAUCAAGCAUGUUAUUGAAGAGGUCAACACCAUCAUCGAGAACACCAUCCCAGGCCGCGGCGAGAGCAGACGUGUAAGCCCUGAGAAAGGCAAUGUCACAUUCGCCUGUUCGAAUAUGCGCUGGAGCUUCACCAUUCAGUCCUUUGCGAAAAUGUAUUCCGAUUUCUACCCUGGGCCUUCCCGACUUCCCGGUUUCGGCGUACCUAUGAAGGGUCUUGAUAUUGAGAAAUUUGCAAUGCGACUGUGGGGCGACAUCUUCUACAAUCCUGGAAGCCGCAAGUUCAGUCGCAAGAGGCAAGAGGAGGAUUCACAACGAUCCUUUGUACACUGGAUCCUGGAACCGGUCUACAAGCUAUACUCCCACACUCUGAGUGAGAGCGCAGAAGAUCUCAAGGACACGUUGGAAUCUUUGGGUAUACGGUUGAAGCCUUCGGAGUACAAGACAGACGCAAAGGAGUUGAUGCGCCUAGUUUGCCAGCAAUACUUCGGUCCUUCACUCGGUUUCGUGGACAUGGUGACUCAACACAUUCCAUCGCCUGCUGAGGGAGCGAAAAGAUUGCUCCAACGGCACUACACUGGCCCAUUGGAUUCCAAGACUGCGCAAGCAAUGGAGAACUGCGACCAGGAUGGACCGUUGGUGGUGCAUGUUACCAAAUUGUUCAAUGCAACAGACGCAAAAUCCUUUACUGCUCUGGGUCGUGUGAUGAGUGGCACUGCAACUUCUCCACAAUCUGUGCGGGUGCUCGGUGAGGGCUACACGUUAGAGGAUGAGGAAGACAUGGUAGUCGCGACUGUGACGGACACAUGGAUAGCGCAGUCCAGAUACAACAUCCCAGUCAGUGGCGUACCAGCCGGGAAUUGGGUCUUGCUAGGUGGUGUCGACAACUCGAUAGUCAAGACCGCGACGAUUGUUGCCUCUAAACUUCCCGACGACGAAGAUGCCUACAUCUUCCGACCCAUCCGACACUUUUUCGAGUCCGUGUUCAAAGUCGCAGUCGAACCAAUCAAUCCCUCCGAACUACCCAAGAUGCUUGACGGUCUACGAAAGAUCAACAAGUCAUACCCUCUCAUUACAACCAAAGUUGAGGAAUCAGGCGAGCAUGUCAUCCUCGGUACCGGUGAACUGUAUAUGGACUGUGUAUUGCAUGAUCUUCGGCGAUUGUACGCGGAUAUGGAAAUCAAGGUUUCCGAUCCCGUCACACGUUUCUGCGAGACUGUCGUGGAGAUGUCUGCCAUCAAGUGUUACGCACUCACGCCCAACAAGAAGAACAAGCUAACCAUGAUCGCUGAGCCAUUGGACCCUGGUAUUGCUGAAGAUAUCGAAGCUGGAAAGGUCAACAUCAAGGACCCUGUACGGGUGGUCGGAAAGUUUUUCGAGGAAAACUACGGCUACGAUCUGUUAGCAUCACGCAAUAUUUGGGCCUUUGGACCUGACGACAUGGGUCCUAAUAUCCUGCAAAACGACACAUUACCAUCAGAGGUCGACUCGAAAAUUUUACGUUCAGUCCGAGAUACAUUGAGACAAGGCUUCAGCUGGGCCACUCGAGAAGGACCGCUCUGCGAAGAACCCAUCCGCAACACCAAGUUUCGUAUCACAGACGUCGAGCUUGCGCCUGAAGCCAUCUUCCGUGGAGGCGGUCAAAUCAUCCCCACAAGCCGACGAGCUUGCUAUUCCAGUUUUCUAAUGGCUAGCCCCAGGCUGAUGGAACCAAUGUACUCUUGCAGCAUGGUCGGCCAUGCCGACACAAAGAGCAGCUUAUACACUGUACUCUCGCGGAGACGAGGACAUGUGCUACAAGAUGGUCCCAUUGCUGGUACCCCACUUUACAACGUGCGAGGGCUGAUCCCGGUCAUUGAUUCUUUUGGUUUCGAGACCGAUCUCAGGAUCCACACACAAGGCCAAGUCUCCCUCUCCCUCGUCUUCGACCGCUGGAGCAUCGUGCCGGGCGACCCGCUCGACAAGGAAAUCACCACGCGCCCACUCGAGCCGGCAACUGCACAGCAGCUCGCACGCGACUUUGUCCUCAAGACGAGGCGGAGAAAGGGGCUUGCAGAGGAUGUCACGAUUAGCAAGUUCUUGGAGCCCGAUCUGUUUAGGAGCUUGAAGGAGAGUGGGGUGCUUGAUGGAUAG